UCGACACUGCCAUUGACCUUCCAGGAGGCCGUUGUUUUUACUCAAUGGCUCGGAGUACGCUAUCUUUGGAUCGAUGCCCUCUGUAUCAUUCAAGAGGAUGAAGUGGAUUGGUCGCGAGAGGCGAUAGCCAUCUAUUCACACAUCUUUACAUCUAUACAUCAAUACUGA